UGCAAAAUUCACUUAGAAAGACAUGCCAUUAUUCUCUGAUGAUAAAUCUCCUGGUGGAGUAAAACGCUUUACAAACUCGCCAAGGACCCGGUGAUGUGAAGGGCGCGGGUUUGUCACCUCAUCUAUCAAAACACAGGAAACCAGUCCUCUCAGGAAUGAGAUCUGGAUAGUAUUUCUCCUGGAACCACAAAAAUGUCUGCUGGAAACAGCCCCACAUAUACCAAUCCUCACGCAAGAACCUACAAGAUCCCUCCGUCCCGCUCCCCGAACUCAUCUCACAUCCACAAGUUCCACCAGUCACUUCCAUCAUACUCCCCCUCACCACUCAUCCCUCUUCCCGACGUCGCCAAGUCCCUAGGGAUCAAGGCCGUGUUUAUCAAAGAUGAAAGCAGCCGAUUUGACCUGCCUUCAUUUAAAAUCUUGGGCGCCUCCUGGGGAACCUUUCGAGCUGUGACGGAUCAUUUAGACCUCCCACUAGAUGAGGCCCGCUUAGACAAUCUUGCCAAUGAUGCUCAAGCCAAAGGGAUCAGGCUCUUCGCGGCAACGGACGGCAAUCACGGGCGAGCCGUGGCGAGAAUGGCGAAGCUAUUAGGCAUCAGUGCGGAGAUAUACGUUCCCGGGCGCCUCGACGAGUAUACCAGGGACUUGAUCGCCAGCGAGAAAGGGUGCAACGUGACCGCCAUAGAGGGCGACUACGACACCGCUGUUCGCGCGGCAGACCAGCAGGCCAAGUUAUGUUCCAAUGGAAUCUUGGUUCAAGACACUUCGUUUGAAAACUACGAGAGAAUCCCCCGCUGGAUCGUCGAGGGAUACUCUACCAUGCUCGACGAAAUCGAUUCCCAAGUCAGGAACCGCUCUCUGGCACCCACACUCCUCAUCACCCCCGUUGGAGUGGGCUCACUCGCCCACGCUGUCGUCUCCCACUGCAAAUCAGUAGAACCACCCGUGUCUGUUCUUACCGUCGAGCCGGACACCGCCGCAUGUCUACACGCCAGCCUCGUCGCAGGCAAACUUACCCCGUUCCAGACCACAGGGACCAUCAUGAAUGGGCUCGAUUGCGGAACCGUGUCGCUAACAGCUUGGCCCGAUCUCCACGCCGGAGUCGAUGCCAGCACCACCGUGUCUGAUCUCGAGGCGCACCGAGCUGUGGAGUAUCUGGCAUCUCAGGGUAUCCGGCUGGGCCCGUGCGGCGCGGCGGGACUAGCGGCGCUUCAGCGGAUUGCGGCUUCGGAUGCUGGUUUGCUUGGUUUAGGGGCAGAUUCUGUUGUGGUUAUAUUGGGGACCGAAGGGAUGAGACCGUAUCCGGUUCCUGUUUCUAGUUGAUGAUGUGUUCAAGGAUGAGCGUUCUCUGUGAAGCAAACUUGGAUGGUUUGCCGGGCCUCUCGCUCGAUGACUAGAUGGACGGCAUACUUAAUCAGGCAAGGCGUAGAGUAUUGUAAACGAAGCAACUUGAGCUAGAAAUAACUUCUUAGAGGCAAUCCUCAACUUCGGAUAUGGCUCGAGCAUUGAUAGAACGCUAGACGCAUAUUAUAACAAUAACACGUCAGAAUGGAAAUCCCAUAAGC